AGUGUGUGCUCUGUUGAGUGAUGUGAUGUCCGCCCUCAUCACACACUCUACAACACUCCCUAAACUCCUGCAUUAACACUCCUCAACAAGCAUCCCCUGUAAUGAACUUACUAUAAGCUCGGCGUCCAGCGGUUCAUGGUUUUCUCCUUGCCAGUGUUAGUUUGAUCUGGAGAUUUGAAUGGGUUGAACUCCAGAGACUUUCUCCUUUGAUUUGGGAACAUAAAGAACAGUAUUAAAGCUUGUGCACUCACCUUUUGCAUUAAAGACAGCAGCGCCCAAAAAUGCCACUUGGAUUGGGACGCAGAAAGAAGGCGUCUCCGCUGGUGGAGAACGAGGAGGCUGAACCCAUCCGGGCUGGACUAAAUGUCUCAGGGUUGGAUGGUCUGGAUGGUGGCAGGGUUGGCCUGGGUGAAGGAGCCACCCAUGAGGGUUUACCACCUCCACCCACCAGCUUGCGCCCACGGCUGAUCUUCCACACACAGCUGGCUCAUGGCAGCCCCACGGGACGCAUCGAGGGUUUCAGUAACGUGCGUGAGCUUUAUGCUAAGAUAGGAGAGGCCUUUGGGAUUCCUCCAACCGAGGUGAUGUUUUGCACACUGAACACUCACAAAGUGGAUAUGGACAAGCUUUUGGGUGGUCAGAUCGGACUGGAGGACUUUAUAUUCGCUCAUGUGAAAGGCCAGAGGAAAGAGGUGGAGGUCUUUAAAGGAGAGGAUGCACUGGGGCUCACCAUCACUGAUAAUGGAGCUGGCUAUGCUUUUAUUAAGAGAAUAAGAGAAGGCAGCAUUAUUCAUCAGAUUCAAGUUAUCAAUGUGGGUGACAUGAUCGAGUCAAUCAACGGGCAGAUACUCAUUGGCUGUCGCCAUUAUGAGGUUGCCAAAAUGCUGAAGGAGCUGCCUAAAGGGAAAACGUUUUUCCUGAAGAUGGUGGAACCCUUGAAGGCAUUUGACAUGAUCAGUCAGCGAUCAGGAAGCAGGUCUGGCUCUGCACAGUUAGGAACGGGCAGAGGAACUCUGCGUCUGAGGUCAAAAGGACCAGCCACUGUAGAGGAGCUACCAUCAGCUUUUGAAGAAAAAGCCAUUGAGAAAGUUGAUGAUCUGCUGGAGAGCUACAUGGGCAUCAGAGACAGUGAACUUGCUGCGACAAUGGUGGAGCUCGGCAAGGACAAAAAGAACCCAGAUGAGUUUGCUGAAGCUUUGGACGAGACUCUGGGCGAUUUUGCUUUUCCAGAUGAGUUUGUGUUUGAUGUGUGGGGUGCCAUAGGCGACGCAAAGGUCGGUCGCGUGUAACGCUAGAAAACACUACUUUAGGAACACUAUCAAAUUCAUUUUUUUUUAGUUUUGGGAGCAUACGCUGGGAUGCUUUUAGGAACGCUGGAAACACUUAUAUAUAGGUCUUUAACUCCACUUAAAAAAACAAAAAAAUAGAGUUCAGAUUUGACUAGGUUGAGCCUAAUCACGUAAAUGAAAUGUCUUAUUUGGUAGAAUAUUAAAUCUUAGUUCACCUAAAAAUGAAAAUUCUGUUAUUAAUAACUCACCCUGAUGUCAUUUCAAUCCCCUGAGAUCUUUUUUCAUCUUUAAAAGCAUAAAUUAAGAUAUUUUAGAUGAAAUCUGAGAGCUCCCUUAUCCUCUGUGGAUAGAAAGGUUCAUGGUUUGUUCAGUAAAGGCACUCUAGGUAAAGAAAGUGAGCAUAUUUAAUCUAAAAUAUCUUAUGUUGUGUUCUGAAGAUGAAUGAUGUCUCUAGAUGUCUCUGGAUUGGUGUUAGUAAAAAAAAUAACAAGAUAUUCUUUUUUGGGUGGACUAAUCUUUUAAAACAAAGGGAUAUUUCCCCCCAAAAAUGAAAAUUCCGCCAUUUACUUAUCCUCAGGUUGAUCCAAUCCUACUUCUUUUUAUUCUGCUGAGCACAAAGCAAGAUAUUUUGAAGAAUGUCAGUAACCAAACAGAUAUUGCCACCCAUUUACAGCCAUUUACAUUUACUAUGGCAGUAAAAGAAUGGCAAGAUCAGUUUGGUUGCUGAUAUCCUCCAAAGAUUUGUGUUCAACAGAACAAAGAAAUUGAUAAAGGAUGGAAUAACCUUAGGGGGAGUAAAUUAUGGCAGAAUUGUCAUAUUUGGACGAACUAUGGCUUAAGAAAAGAUGCUUAAACAUUACAUUUUGAGUUGUUUACUCCAGGGACCAUCAUUGGUUUCUCUGUGAGGUCACUCUGUUACAUACUGUGACUUUUUUUUUUUCAUUGCACUGUGUUGCCCGUCGCUGUAUAAAUUGCACGGUAUGGCACAGAACACACAGUGCAGAGAUCGAAGCAAUGCACUGUAUUAACCUGCGGUGUGGAUCUGACCCUGUCUCAAGGCAGAAUAAUGGACCAUUUUGUCUUAUCUCCACUAUAAUGAUUCCCUAAAGCAUGUGCUGUCUUAUUUACUCUUGUUCUCUCUUUUACGAAGGAUUUCAAGUGGCUUUGAAGUUGUUGCUAUGAACUGUUGACCUCUAGUGCUUUACAUUUCCAGUUCUGUGGCUUAGCUCUUAUUUUAAAGGAGUAAAAGGAAACAAACAGAAAUAGGUUUUAAUUUCAGUAGUGUGGUAAACUACCACUCAAUGCCAAACGGAAGUAUUUUUUUUUGCAUUCUCUGCAUUUGCACGCAUCAUGAAGUAUUCCACAUAGUAUUACAUCCGUUACAGUAUUUAUCCUUUUAAGGAUUGAUGGAAGAAAUAUGAAGGAAUUAAAAGCGGGGCUGGGUAAUAUUAGGCCUGGUCAAUUAAUCGAAUUGAGAAAUGCAGCGAUUGUCAUGCACAUCUUGUCAGGAAAGCAUGGUGUAAUCAUUAGUAAAAUCUCAGACGAAGGUCAGAAGGCGCUCUCAUGGAAACUCCAAAUAUCCAUGAAGAAGAAAUCCCCAUAGUGUCGAUUCAUAGAAAUGUACACUAAGUAUCACUUACGGACCCUGAGUAUGCGUCGAUACCGCUGCCACAUUUGUACAGUGCUCCCAGGACAAAAGUCAUUCAACCGCACUAGUCAAGCUAAUCUUUUGCACUGCGUACAUGUGUAGUAAUCAGAAGAUAAAGGCAAAACAUUUCAUAGCUAAGAUUUCGUUUUUUUUUACGUUUUUGUAUGUUACAAACUUACGCACUAAACAAGUAACGUUAUUGAUGAUAAUACAGUCACUUAUUGCAUUGACCAUAAGGCAAACUAGCACCAACUCACACUAAAUACUAGGCUUAUGCUAGUUUUGUUGAAUAAAAUUAGCAAACAAUGUAAAUGAAAUAUGACAACAAGACGUUGCGGUGCCGGAAAGUUGUAUUAUUGUCAGCUAAGUAAAUUAACGGCUAGUUUUUGAAGUAACUUAUAAGGGUGCCUGAUAACAUAACAGUGUCUGCGCCUCAAUGUGCAUACCUUCCACCAUGAAUUGUUGAAUAUUACAAAUGUUAUAUACCAUUUAGAUCAGAGAAAGGUGGAUAUGCACAUUAGGACGCAGGGGUAUCAAUGGUUCACACGAAUCGUUCUUAAUGGAGAUUUAUUCACAAAUGAAUCGCUCCCUUUAUUAAAAUUAAAAGUGAAAGCGGGAGAGGGGGUGUGUUUCAGGACACGGAUUAGGUCAAAUUUUAAAGGGAGGUAGGAUAAUAUAUUGCAUGCACACAAACAUACUCUGUCGGCAAUGGUCGCUUAUCCAUCAUUGCAGAAAAGUGAUAAAAUGAUUUACUUUCAUAAUUAAAAAAAAUAAAAAAUUGCGUACUGACCACAGUGAAAACACCUGAUCAUAUAUAUUGUUUACAUAUCUAUGGCUCCGGAUGGCCAGUCCUCCACUGCACCUUCGUCCCACAUUCAUUUCAAAGGAGCGCUACCCUGAACUAAAAUGGUGGCUCCUUCCAUUAGACACAUUCCUGACACAUUCCUUCCAAUAGACAACAAUAGUGUAGGCGACAUCUAAUGUAAAUAUCUACGGUGUUGCAUCAUAAACAAGAUUUCGCAGCUUUCAUUAAUUUAGUGUAACAAAUAAAUACACUAAUACUGAAUCAUGUCACAUAAGAAUUUAUUUCAAACACUCGACUUAAGUACUGAAGAGGUAGCUUCAGAUAAAACCAUUUUGCAUGUCAUUUUGUGGUCAUUUCACAUUAGCAUUUACUACACAGAGCCAUAGUUUUCUCAGAAGAGACACAAAAAGCUGUCACAGAAUGAUUUUCUCAAAUGAUUAAAUCAAAUCUGAUACUAAAAACUAUUUUUGUGUAGCUUAUCAGUGAAUUAUGACUUGUUAACGCUGCUCUAUAUGAAAGCAUGAGGUAUAGGUGUACUAGAGUCGAACUUUUCUGACAAGAUGUACAUGAAUAUCACUUUCGAUUAAUCUCCCAGACUUAGGUGUUAUAUAUAUGUUACACAUACAAACAUAUUAACGUGUCAUAUUAACCAAUAAGAAUCAAGUUAUGCUGUCCACAUGGUUUUUACCUCAAUAUAUGUUAAUCAUUUUGAUACAUAUACUCAAUAUAUCAAUACAUGGUUUGUUUUUUAAACAAUUAAAGGGAUAGUUCACCCAAAACUGAAAAUUGUAAUCAUUUACUCACUCUUCACUUGUCAAAAAUCUGUUUGAGUUUCUUUUUUUUUAGUCGAAAACCAAGGAAGAUAGUUUUAAGCAGGGCUGCACGGUAUUGAAAAAAUGGAACAUUGCAAUUUUUUUUUAUCCUGAGAUAUUAAUACAAUUUCACCACAGUGACAGUAUUUAUGGGAAGAAUUGAUCAUUUUAGACUGGGAUGAUUAAGAUUAAUCUACAAGCAUAGAUAAAUUCAAUAAAGGGAAAGAUACAAAUGAAAUAAACAGCAUUUUAUUUAUUUAUUACAGUAUUCAUAUAUACAGUAAUUGAAUAAUCAAAUGUAAAUUUAUACUGCAUAGUCUUUGUUUUAUAAAUAAUUCAAUAAAAAUUUAUUACAAACGAAAAAUAAACUCCUCACGAAUAAACGAAUAAACUCCUCACGCAGUCUCAGGCCUCAAAAAACUUUAGCAAAAUGAUAAAUUAUAAUCCAGACUCAACUUUGCAUAUAUUCGCGGUGUGACUAUUGUGAAUGAUCACAUUGCAAUAUUAUUGCUGAAAUAUUUAUCAGCCCUAGUUUGAAGUCGUUGAAAUCUUUACCCAUUGACUUACAUUGUAUUUGUUUAUCUUACUAUUAAAAAUUCAGUGGUUGCUGGAUUGUAAUGUUCUUCGAAAUAUCUUCUUUUAUGCUUCACAGAAAAAAAGAAACUCAAACAGGUUUAAAAUCACUUAGGGGGUAAAUAGUGUGCAAGUUUUAAUUUUUGGGUGAACUAACCCUUACAUAAGCUUUUAAAGUGACAUGGUUAUUCUAAAGCAAAACAGAUGAGAGAAAAAAUGCACUGCUUUUAUGGUUGCUUGCAAACUUUUUGCAAUAGAAAUACUUUGACGUCAAUGCUUUUGCAAGCAGACAAACUUUCAUAGGGAACACACACAGUACAUUUGAGGAUCAAAGGUAAAGUAUUGACAUUUAAUUUGACCUCAUAUUUUAAUGAUCACUAUAUUAAAUCUUUGUGACUUAUGAAUCAGUUUACAACAUUGCCUCAUAUUUUUUUUUUACUGCCAGCAACAAUACAUUAUGAAAAUACGAUGUGUACAUAUCGCCCAGCCCUGCUUAUAAGUGAAUAUUUAAAGCACUGGUGUAGGUAUUGGGUCAUGUUUGUAUGUGGUGGUGAUUUGAGUGUAUAUAGUGGUGAUGUGUUUACAGAAAUGACACUACAGGUAGGGAACAUUCCCAACAUACUGACAAUAGUUCUGCAAACAUGACCAAACACAGACGUCAUAGACUGAGCACAUGGUGAGUUAUGAAUUUAAUGGAACUCAGACAUGAUUACUCUUUAACCAGCAGUUCAACACUGUCCUCCUUCACAACAGAGCAUGUUUGAAAUGUUAAGUAUUGGUCGUGUUAUGGUUAAAACUUCGAACGUAAUAGUUCUUUUUUUAUUAUUGAUUAUUUUUCCAGCAUCAUUUCUUAUCAGGGAUAUAAGUUAAUGUUUAAAUGCCCCUGAGAAAAAAAAAUUAUAAAAAGGUAAAAUAAAAAAAGGAACAUAGGCUCAUUCUGAAAAUGUAGCCCUAUAUACAUAUUUCUGGAGAUCGCAAAUUAUUUAGCCAGAGGAACGUAUGGCUACAUUUCAUCUUUAAAAUUAAUGCUAUGGGGUGGUAUGACGGCUUUCCCUUUAUCGCCUCUGUAUGGACGGCUUUUCUGCUGUUACCAGUUUGCCCAGUAGCUUGCCACGUACGUCGGCGGACUUGAGAUGCAGAGUGGAGUUGACCGUGACAAUGGGGUUCGGAACAGUUCCAGAAAGCAGGUAAAAUAAAAACAAAAUGCAAAAAAUAAAAUAAACAAGUAUAUAACAGUGUGAAAAUGUGGUAAAAUCUGAAAAUGUGGUGGUAACCCGGCUGCCGCGAGGGCUUUUUUUUUUAGAGACCGAGGACCUAUUGAAAUUGCUCCAUUUAUUCAUCUUUUCAAAAAUAAAUUACAUUUUUUAUAGUCUAAACAUGCAUGAAAACUCACGAAACUGCACACGCACCAAAAGUGAUUGUAGGUUUCGGAAGUGAGUGUUGCAAAAUGGCUCAACAGUGCCACCUGUGCACAUUUGAUGGAGUAACCCUGGAGCUACAUUUCACGCACAUGUGCGAAUAUUGGCACACACAUCAGAUAUGCCAAUACCUACAGGAAAUCAGAUAUUCCUAACUAAUAAUUGUGAAGAGUUUUCUCCGAAGGGCAUGUCCAUGGCGGCUUCGCAAAUUUUGAUGUUUUGCCAUAAAACAGGAAGUUGUUAUACAGUAACUCAGGCAUGCAUUGUCUGAUCUGCCUCAAAAUCCACCUGUUUGAUAAGAGUCCUGACCUGAACACGUUCACAUGCCAAUAUCCAGUUACAGUUACAGCACCACCUACUGGCAACAGGAAAUGUCAUGUUAUACAGUGUAACACUCCUCCUACAAAUUUUAUUUGUUUUCGUCAAUUGGCGUGUCCGUGGCGGACUGACCAAUUAAUUCUGGAUUGCUUUUGAAAACACUGCGGUUGGGUUUCAGGUAGUGGGUGGUCGGGUUAAUCUGUGCUUUUUAAAACACUAUCGGUUAAGGUUAGGGAAGGAGGAGGGUGGGCCAGUCGAUCGGUCAGUUAGUUAGUCAGUCGACAGCGGCCUCUGGUGGAUUCAGGUGAAAAAAGCAGACACGAAUGGCACUUGCGAGGGAAAUUUGAGAUCUCAAAAAGCAUACACAGCGCCCUGUGGCGGAUUCAUGAAAACAAAAUUGCAAAGAAACAUAGCUCCUGGAACGUAUUUGGUGCUCUUCAGAAAUGUAUAUAGGGAUACGUAAACAGAAUGAGCUUGGGUUGAAAAAGAAGUGGUGAAAUGUUUUGUUCUUACUUUAUACGUGCUACAAAGAUAUCAGUGUAGCAUGAACGUAUUUUCCUUGUGGUUGAUUUACUUUGGACACUUUUUCAGUCUACGGUUUUUGAACAUAUUUCGACAAAACAUUUUUAAGAAUGAAUAGUUUACACUGGUGUAAUGGUUUUGAUGGAUUCAUGUUUCAUGUUACACUGUCUCAGACUACCUUCAAAUGCAAUAAUAUGUUAUGUCUGUUUUGUAAUGUUUCUUCAUUGACAAAUGCUAUUGCACCAAAUUGUUAUUGGUUAGACUUGUUUCUCGUCAACAGUAUUAAAAUGAACAAAACUA